CACCAUAGUUAAUAGACUUAAACUGGUUUGGAAACACGGAAUUUAGCGCAACAAAAACAAUAUUAAGUUGAAAAUGCAAUCACGUGACAUUGACCGUGCACAACAUAUAAAUAUACAAUGGCUGUUGAAGGAGGAAACUGUGAUAAUAUAUGUGAUAAUGAAUUUAUAAUGCUUUUGGAAAUCUUUGAAAAAGAUCACGAACUUGAAAAUUAUACUGAAACUAUUUUAGAAGAUCUUAACCCUGGAAUGUACCAAUGUGAUGUUUGUGUCAAAGUUUGUAAAAGUAAAGGAGGGCUGAAAUUGCACAAUUCUAAAAAACACCCUAACAACGAUAUAGCUACUGGGAAUGCUAACAGUUCAGAAUUAAACUUUAACAUCGAUAUUUUGUUUUCAUUAAUACAAAAUGUGUUUUGCAAGAUUAUGGAAAGCUCCUUUUAUGGCAAACAAAAUAUUGAGCAAGUUAAAACUCUUCAGAUUAAUUUAGUAAAAGAUGAGAUUCAGUUUAAUAGAAUAAUUGAAAGCUGCACUAAAAUUUGUUCUAAAAGUUUAAACGAGUUUUAUGCAAGUUAUUUUGGAAACGUAGUAAUCCAUAGUAAGAAAAUUUUAAAUUGUGGUGAUGAUUAUGAAGAUGCUGCUACAUUAGUAUUAAGUAAACUUGCAGAUAGUAUAUCAGCUUAUUAUAAAAAAAAUAUAUCCAUUGUUAAUAACAAUCAGACAUUAAUUACACCUAUAAUAUGUGAUAAGCAAAAGUAUGCAUUGCAAUAUCUUGGAGGUUAUGUUAUUCAUAAAAUUUAAAAAAAAAUUCAAAAUUCUCGAACUAAUAAUGCUCAACUACAACAAACAGUGUCUAUAUUAAAAAGCUGUCGAAAUGAAACAAAAAAUAUAACUGACCAAAAGCUUGUCAACACUCUUAAUCGUGGUGGACUUACUGCCAUUACAAUUGAGUUUGAACAUAUUUUAUUUAUAGCAGAAAAAAUAUUUCUUUUAUAUACAGAACAGUCCAAGCUUACUAAAAAUAUAGACAUAGAUUUUUUAAUUAAAAAAACACUCUGUGAUAAAGAUUUGGAUGAAUAUUACAGGAUUAUUAUUGAAAAAUGUGAUUUGAAAAUUGAAAAAGAUAGUCAAAAAUCUACAUUGCCUUUAAUGCUAGCUUUAUAUUUUCAAGUUCGAUGUCAUUCGUUUGCUAAGGACAUUGUUAAUAAGCAUAAAGCAAAAAAAACAAAAACAGGAGAACAAUCAAAGAAAGGAUUACGCAAAAACAUGAAACAAUCAUAUAGACUAAAAGAAAACCUAAAAAAAACAUAAAUGUUUUUCGUUUUUUCUAUUCUAAAAAAGUUUAUUUUACAAAAGUAAAAAUCGACUUUAUAUAUUUGCAGUCAAAGAAAAGACUUGUGUUAUUUGCUCAUUUAUAUUCCUUUUAUCUUUUUA